AUGGCACAAAUCGUGGUGAUUGGAGCCGGUGUGAUCGGGUUGAGCACUGCUGUAAGGCUUCAGCAAGAGGGCCAUAAAGUAGCAAUAGUGGCCAAGGAUUUCCCGAGUCCGUUUGAGACCGUUGACAGCAAAGCUUCAAUCAACUACACCUCACAAUGGGGCGGCGCUCACAACCGUUGGGUCAUACCGGCCAACGAGAUGGAACAGCGCGAUCAUGCGAUGGCCCUCAGAACGUUCCGGCACAUGGAGUCCCAGGUGAAGAGCAAUCCUGAAGCCGGUAUUACUUUCAUGCCUGGUAUUGAAUACCUCGAUGAUCCUCCGCCACAAUACCAAGCUCUCAGCGAGGAAAAGGCCCAGAGCUUGGGACUGGUAGACUUCCGGCUCCUGAACCCAACCGAAUACCCAGAUGACAAGGUGAAGUGGGGAUGCGAGUACAAGACAUGGUGUGUGAACCCCAUGGUCUACUGCUCCUUCCUCCUUCGCAAGUUCUCCUGGAAUGGCGGCCAAAUCUUCCGCAGAGAACUCAGGGAUCCCCGUGAGGCGUUCUCACUGAAAGAGUUGCCGAACGUGAGACAUGUAGUCAACUGCUCUGGUUUCGGAUUUGGUUCUUCAGGUCAAACGUGUGCUGUCGCCAACUUCAGCCCAGCAACCGUGACAAGACAGAAUGCUGAUGGAUCUUGGACAUUCUGCGUGCCUCGAAAUUUCGAUGGCGGCACGAUCGUGGGUGGCACAAAGGAACCUGACAAUUGGGACACUGAACCGUCGCCAGAAGUGCGGGAAAAGCUCCUCAAACACUUCGCUGCUACAUAUCCUAAGAUCCUUGGGGACGAUGGUGAGUUUCGCGUCCUCAAAGAUGUCGUAGGCCGACGGCCGACUCGAAAGGGCGGCAUGAGGCUAGAAAGAGAAGAGGUGGGAGAGAAGCGCACCAUAAUCCAUGCUUAUGGUCUGGGGGGCAGGGGGUUCGAGAUGUCCUGGGGUGUAGCUGAGGGUAGCAUCGGUGUAGAGAUUGAACACCAAAUCCAGACAAAGUUGAUUCAGAAAACCUCGAUCAAUGUUUUCUCAAUGUACAAUACCUAUGCAUGGUCAUCAAGUGCCAUGGAAAGCAUGGAAAUAUCAAGGUCAAGCGAUAUCGGCGACGAGAGAGCGUUGGAGACGACGGUGCAGCUUCGGCCGGUACCUGCAUGGCGUCACCCGCUGCUGCUCGCAAACAGUUCAAUCCAAGUCGCAAACAUGGCCCAAACUAUUCUUCACCUCCGAUCCGAAACCAAGCCCUUGGAACACAGGAGCGCCCUCACCCCCACCACUACUCGCAAGCUGGUCGAGGCCGGCUACGAAGUCAGAGUGGAAAGGAGCCCCGUUCGCAUCUUUGACGAUGCCGAGUUCGAAGCCGCUGGCGCAACCCUUGUGCCCGAAUACUCCUGGGAGUCAGCCCCAUCGGACGUGAUCAUCGUCGGUCUCAAGGAGCUUGAGGAGAAGGAGUUCCCUCUCAAGCACGUCCACGUCACAUUCCUCCACGUCUACAAGAACCAAGGUGGCUGGGAGAAGACACUCGGCCGUUUCCCCCGUGGCGGCGGCACUCUUCUCGACCUCGAGUUCUUGGCCAACGAGUCCGGUCGCAGAGUCGCAGCCUUCGGUUUCCACGCUGGUUUCUCUGGCGCUGCUCUUGCUCUCGAGAACUGGGCCUGGCAGCUCACCCACCCUGGCGAGCCCUUCCCUGCCGUCGAGGCGUACCCCAAUGAGGAUGCUCUCAUCGUCGAUGUCAAGAAGGCCUUGGACGAGGGUAUCGCCAAGGCUGGUCGCAAGCCCAGAGUCAUUGUGAUUGGUGCUCUUGGACGUUGCGGUUCCGGUGCCGUUGAGAUGGCCAAGAGAGCCGGUGUUGAGGAUAUCGUCCGCUGGGAUAUGGAGGAGACCAAGAACCCCGGCCCUUACAAGGAGAUCACGGAUGCCGACAUUUUCGUCAACUGCAUCUACCUCAGCCAACCUAUUCCCCCUUUCCUCAACCGCGAGUCUCUGCAGGUCCCCGGUAGAAACCUCAGCGUGAUUUGCGAUGUUUCUGCUGACACCACCAACCCCCACAACCCGAUCCCCGUCUACACCGUGGCUACCACCUUCGACAAGCCCACCGUCCCCGUCGAGGGAUUGGAGAACCCUCCCCUGAGCGUCAUCUCCAUCGACCACCUUCCGUCUUUGUUGCCAAGGGAGUCUAGCGAGGCCUUCAGCAACGACCUGCUGCCUACCCUCCUGAACCUCAAGGACUGGCGCAACGAUUCCGUCUGGGCCCGCGCCGAGAAGCUCUUCCAGGACAAGGUCGCCCUGCUCCCCGCCGAGCUUCAGAAGAGAGAGGCCUAG